AAACGAGUAUAGCGAAAUGUCUAGCUGGGCCCAGCGGAUGCACCGCCGGGCGGCAACCUUUGGCAGCGUGGUAACAUCGUGCGGCCAUCCCGGUACACCCUAUCCGCACCGGCUGGAGAAGGUGAAGUUUGGCGUACCGCUGGAAGAGGUAUGCAAGAACGACAUCCCGGGUCCACUGCUGGUGUUAAUACUGAAGCUCAACAAGGAAGCUCCGUGCCGGAAGGAUGUGUUCCGUGCGCCCGGCAAUCAGGGUGCGAUGAAGAAGUUGAUCCACUUCCUGCAGCAGGGUCGGCUGGUGAACGUGGACAACUAUUCCGUCUACACGAUUGCCAGUGUGCUGAAAAAGUUUCUGCGCAAGAUCCCGGGCGGAGUGUUUGGGCGGGAAGGUGAGGCGGAACUGUUCCAGAUAGUGGACCUCGACGAUGAGGUGCAGCAGCAGGAGAAGAUACACAGACUACUUAUGUCACUGCCAGGCCACACGCAGCGUUUGCUGGUGUUGCUGUUUGGAACAUUCCGCGUGAUCGCCAGCAACUCCGAACGAGCCGAAACGGGUAUGACGAGCGAAGCGCUGGGAGUCUCGGUGGCGCCCAGCUUCUUCCAGUCCUGUGUCAGCGACGGCAAAACGGCACGGAUGAAGGAUGUGCUGCGUUUUAAGGUGGCGACCAGAAUAAUGAAACAGAUGAUAGAACAAUUCACUGCCUGUGAUCUGUUCGGACGCGUCAACUAUGAGUAUUAUGCGCGUGUAACCGGGCGUGUCCUGCGAGUACAAGACGAAUGGAUAUGCUCGUUCCGUUAUCCACCACCGCCACGAGGCAAAACGGCACAGCAGCAUUAUGCACUAAAACUAGCUUUAGAGACCGAAAAAACCUGGCUGCAGUGCGAAUGUGAACGAUGGGGUCUAAUUGCCCAGGAAGAAUCGCACUCAACACCGGCCCUAUUGACGACGGGCGGUCCGAACGUAGGUAACUCGGCUGUAUCUCUCGGCAUCAUUCCAGAGCACUCAUUGCUUGAAUCAUGCGCUCGGCUUUCUGUGUCGCUUGAAGGCCCAGGGAUAUUCAAUGUGCAAAAGUCCAGCUGCUCCUCGUCGUCCCAUUCGUCAUCGUCCAAUACACGCUCCGGCUCGCAACAUCACAUGACCAUGGACGAGCUGCGGGCCGUUAAUCGGUACGCGGAAAGUACGAAGAGCCUUUCCUACCUGCCGCAGGUGCACGAACGGCAAGCGGCAAGGAUGCGCACCCGAUCCGAAUGGUUCCUCGGUGCACGGGGCAGCUCGCUCGAGCUGUGCCACGACGGUACCGGCUCGUUAAUACAUCCACAGAUUGUGACGUCGACGCCGAUCCCGGGAGCGAUCGGUCAUGGGCACCAUCAUCCGCACGGAAUAAUCGGUACCUAUGAUAGUAUAGAUCAUUUGAACGAUGUUGAUGUUAACCAAGACCAAGAGAACCACAACCACAACCACCAUCAUCAUCAUCCGCACUGUCACUAUAAACAAUAUCAUUACAAUCAUAACACUCAUGCGCAACACACUCCUCCGGAAGAAGUGCAAAUGUCUAGUGAUUCUUAUUCGCCUUGCUGCACCACCGCUAUUAAUAUUGUACACCCUUCAUCACGUAACGCUAGUAACAGCAGUCGUGUCGUGUGCUUAUCAAACGAAGAUCAUCUUAUCCUUCCAUCCUGUGGUAGCUCUCCGUGUUCCUCCCCUGUGAAGGAGCAGCAACAGUCCAACGAAGGAUCCGCGUAUAAGCAACAGUACGGCCAUUUUUCCGACGAGGAUAAUAAUAUGGCUCCCAGCAGCGAGGACGACGAUGAAGAUGGUGACGAUGUGAUGAUGCUUGACGAGCUCGAUGGUGAUGAGAGUGAUUUUGCAAUCACCCAAAGCCAUCAUUUCGAUAUGCGCGCGGAAAAUCAACGUCGUCGGAGGCGUCGUGCCUUACUGCGGCGUAACUCUUACGAUCGGUUAGUAGCGUCGGGAUCUUUCCUGCCAAGGGAAGAAUCCUUUCCUAAACCCGCUGUCGCUAGUGGUGAAAUAGCUAGUGGAUCAGGCUUGUCCAGACGACCAGUUUCUGCUCCGUCCACAGGGGAGAACGGGAGUAAACCAACCGGACGCUCCCGAAAAGCAUCCGGAGAGCAUAGCAUCACUAAUCCUAACACUACUGUUGCAGCUGCUUCUACUUCAAGCAACAAAAAUACCACCGUACCUAACCCAUCCUCUUCCAUUUCCUCGCGACGAACUCCUUUGAUAGCUUCAAACAAUGACAGUAAGCUCGUUAGCCGUAAAGUGCAUAAACGGCGCAGCAGCAGUGUUAGUCAAUCGAUCUCGGUCGGAAAUGGAAAUUCUACCACGCUUUCGCGCCAAAGCAAUCUUUCGAUGAUUGUGUUUUCGGUUUUAGAUUUCCUAUUCUAA